AAAAAAAAAAAAUGAAAUUCCAAUUUAUUUAUCUUAUCGUGUUAUUAUCAUUGGUAUUUGUGUCUGCACAACCCAUUGAAAGAAGAGGUUUAGCAGGCAAGUUACUCAAGACAGUCAAAAAGGCUCUUUUUAAAGGUGUGGCUACUAUGUUUUGGCCCAAAUCAGAAGGUGGAUCUCAAGGUGCCUGUGGUCCUUAUGCUGACGCCAAUUCACAGAUUGUUGCUAUGAACCAUGCUCAAUAUGGACCAAUGAACAAAAAGAGUCAUUGGUGUGGCAAGAAACUUCGUAUUUGUUAUGGCGAUAAAUGUACAGUGGCUACUGUCACGGAUGCUUGUCCUACCUGUGAUCAUGGUUGUUUGGAUCUUACACCUGCUGUAUGGGAUCAAUUGUACCAUGAUCGUGCUAAGGGUGUGCUUGAUGUUGAAUGGUCUGAAGUUGGUGACGAUGAUGGUGAUGAUAAUGAUAAGAAGGUUGAAAAAAAGCAUCAUGCUGUUAAAAAGGCUUCUUCUAAACAUCAUAGCAGUAGUAGCCAUAGUAGUGGCGAUGAAACAGACGGUGAUGAAACAGACACAGAUGAUGAUGAAGAGGAUUAAUGAUAUAUAUAUAUAUAUAUUAUAUGUUCAUGUAAUAGUAAUAAAUACACAUAUAUAGUUUAGCAAAGAAUAGGAAGAAG